AUGGAAAAACGAUUUCGAACAAAGAAAGAAUCUCGUUUAAAAACAAAUCCACGCUGUCCUCGUGAUCAAGAAAUAAAUAUAUUAUUACUAGGACAAACAGGUGUUGGAAAAUCAACAUUCAUUAAUGCUUUCGUCAACUAUAUGGUUAAUGAUACUCUUAACGAAGCAGUUAAUGAUGAAAUGCAAGUCAUUAUUCCGUCUUCUUUUUUUUUUACUACGUAUGACACAUUUGAUGAAAAAAUGAUCGUUAUCGGUGAGGAGGACGAACAUGAAAAGUUUAGGGAUAUAGGUCAAUCGAAUACACAACAAUGCCGAAGCUUCAUUUUUCCAAUUGGCGAUCGAAAUUUACGAUUUAUUGAUACACCAGGCAUCGGCGAUACUAGAAGUCUUGAACAAGAUGCUAAAAACUUUCAAGAAAUAUUAACUUAUAUCGCUCAAUAUAAACAUUUGAACGCAGUGUUUUUUUUACUUAAGCCAAAUGAAGAACGCUUGACUAUACUUUUUCGAUUCUGUAUCAAUGAACUUCUUCGACAUUUACAUGUCGGUGCUAAAGAUAACAUCAUUUUUGUCUUUACAAAUGCACGAUCAACUUUCUUCGUGCCAGGUAGCACAAAAAGACUUCUUAAAGAACUUUUAGACAAACAUCGUGAAGAACAGAAUGUUGACGUUCCAUUUUCAAUGGAUAAUACAUUUCUUUUUGAUAAUGAGCCAUUUCGUUACUUAGCAUUGCGCAAAAAUGGUAUACAAUUAGACGAAGAACAAACACUAAGCUACAAUAAAAGUUGGGAUCAUUCUGUAAACGAAUAUGCACGUCUAAUGGCACACAUUGUUACUCGUCCACUUCACCGUGUAAGUAAAACGCUUUCGUUGAAUGAAGCCGAACAACUUAUUCAAAAACUUAGUCGUCCAAUUGCUGAAACAGCAAAACUUAUAGAAGAAAACAUUCAGCUUGCUAAAGAGUAUAAAAAUAAAAUGCUUGAUAAUCCUGAAAUUGCAUCACAAGGAAUACCUCAAAAUAACGCUACAAUCGUAGAUUUCAGACAUCCACAAACAGUGUGUAUUGGUGAAAGAUGUUGUAGAGUCUUUCAAGAUGGGAAUGAAACAAAAAUGGAAUAUUUAUCUAUAUGUCAUGAAGAAUGUUAUUUGAAAGGUGUUGUGCAAGAAAAAAUAAGUGAUCUGCAACUGAAAGAAUGUGAAGCGAUGGAUCCUGACAAUGGUUUGUGCUUAGUAUGCGGUUGUAACUGGAGGCAACAUAAGCAUACUACUUAUGAUUGUAACACAUAUCGUACUCGCAUUGGAUCAAAUAAAGAAAUGUCUCUAAAUGAUAUUGACCAACAUAUUAACAAUUUAAGAGAAGAAGAAAACAAAAUUCAAGAUGUCUAUAAAAAGCUUGUUCGAUUUCUUCAUGCAAACGCAAUACUUCCAAUAAAUGAUGAUUUUCCCGAAUAUCUUCGAUAUUUUCUUCGUGAAGAACAAAUGAAACAGAGUGCAGGUGCUCACAAUACCGAAAUUAUUACUAAUCUUGAGAAAAUGAUGACUGAUUUUAUGAGAGAUAUGGAACUAUUCAAAAAAACAAUACACGAUGAAAGAAAUUCAGAUAAUGCAACCGAAAACUUACGACCUGAAGAUAUAUUCAUUUUAGUUAGUACUCUAUAUCAACUACCUAUCAAUGGAAAAUUAAUUCGUGAGCAAAUUGAUGAAAUUGAAUUUAGUCAAGAAAAAUAUAACACCAAACGUGAAGUUCAUGUUGACUUGCCGGCCAAAGCUGUUUCAUCAAAAGUGAUGCUUCAAUUAAAAAACAUCGUGUCUCAAUGA